GUGUCCCUUCCUCCCUCCGUUCGAUCCCAGAACUCAUCAAAUUCCUGACCAUGGCGAUCUUCACGUGCUCGGCUUAUCACGCUGCGGUCAACAGUGGCCAGUUUGAACUGGGGGCUUUCAUGCCCAACCUGCCGUCAUCCAUGCGGAAGCCCCCGCCCCAAAUGAAGGCCCCUGUGACCCUGAACGAGUUCUUGGACAUCAUCCCUGAGAUGAACACCACCAGCCAGGUCCUCUCAGUCCUGUGGGUCUUGAGGAAUGAGGACUUUGACAUGAAAAUGCUUGGCGAAUACGACGAGGAGCACUUUGUGGAAGAGGAGCCCAAGCAGCUCAUCACAGCUUUCCAGCAGCGCUUGGCCCACAUUGCGGAGGAAAUUAGAAAGAGGAAUGUCUCACUGAAAUUGCCUUACACCUACCUCUAUCCACCCAACAUCGAGAACAGCACCACAAUAUAGGAACUGGAUUACAGCUCCAAAAGAUACCCCUGCUGGACCCUCUUUGUUUGUGCAGCUCAGCAAUCUUAUCCCCAAGAUACAUGGCAAACGCUGUUAAUUUCUGCUUUGUCUCCAUUUUCCUGCAUGCAAAAAGGGAGAGAACCGUUCCUCCUCUCGCUCUUGGCUUUGGGCCACUUUGUUCUGCUAAGGGGUUGGACUAGAUGACUUUAGGGUCCCCUUACAAUGCACUGAUCUAUGGCACUGUUUAGCAAAGAGAGGGAGACCACCUCCAUCUGUGCUGAGAUCUCACUAUACAGCGUC